GACUGCGGCGCCCUAUUUCCUUUCCUCGCUGCGAGUGCGAGAGCUCCGGCAGACGGUUAUGGCAGCACCGCGCCCCAUUAAAAGCAUUUUAAAGAACAAAUCCAGUAUCAAAGCUAGACCAGAAGAAUCAGUCCAGGACGUCCCAGAACCAGGAGCCCCCGUCGACUCAGAAGAAGACCAACAGAAGAAGUCACAGAAAUGGGAUGAAAUGAACAUUUUGGCCACGUACCACCCAGCCGACAAGGAUUACGGACUGAUGAAGAUAGACGAGCCCAGCACGCCGUACCACAGGAUGGUCGGCGAUGACGAGGACGAGGGGGCGCUCAGCGAUUCGGACGGGAACACGGUGCUCCCCGGAGAUGACCUCGCUAAGAAGCUGGCGGCAGCGGCGGAGGACGCAGGAUCUCGAUUCAUGGAGGAGCCGGAGGACGAGGAGGAGGAGAGCAGUGAGGAAGAGGAGGAGGAGCUGAGUCCGGAGGAGCAAGCCAGAAAGAAGCAGUUUCAGAUGAUGAGGAAGAUGCAUUAUAAUGAAGGUAUGAACAUUAAACUAGCGCGGCAACUCAUCGCCAGCGAGCUGGAAGAGGAGGAUGACGAGGACGAAGAGAUGAAGGAUGACACAGAGACCGAGGACAUCACCGUCGACCCCCCACAAGAUGCAGAUUCUUUGGAUUCCUAAGGAUGUCGAGGCCUGUCCGUCAGCCCCCCGUCUUGUCCCGUGAGCGUCCGGAAGGCUCCGCGUCGUCCCGCCUCGGCUCCAGGAUUCCCUCCACCCCGUGUUUCCACCGCAACGCCACGCAUAUCAUCCAGCUCCCUCAUCUGCCAAACGUUCACCGUCACCCCGCUAGAAAUGAGACCGUUAUCAAAGCGGCCCAGGCCUGGCCUCCUCCCUCUUCGUGGGGUGGGGGUCCGCCGGCAUUGGGCUCGUCUGGAUCUGAACAGCAUGCUCCGAUUAAAGGGGCGCGGAUGUGGUCUCGGCCUUCGACGCGAGCUCUACUGUAUGCAUGGCUUCCCAAAACCAUGUUUAAUUACAUUGGCACUAAUAGUAUCAGCCCUGUGUGUGAUUAACAGGUGAGUAUUACUAGGUAGAAAACUACUGAUCGGUACACGAACCCUUCGGUUGUCUCCUUUUCGCUUUUCCGAAAACUGCAGAAGCUUUAAUAGAUGCUGAACAGUUCUGACAGGUUUUUUUUUGGCAUCCUUUAUUGAGCUUUGCUUGUUUUGACUGCUUUUUUUUUUUUCUAUGGUUACCGAAGAAUAUAAUUAUCCUGUAGUACCAAAUAAAAUAAAAUAAAAUAAAAUAUAUAUAUAUAAUUUUGA